AGCGUAUUAAUAUACAUAGUAAACUGUUCUUCAUAAAUUGAAGCGCCUAUUCGCGGAUUAAAAAAUCAAUGCAGGUCUUAUCAAACGUCGCUGGUUCCCGAUCGAUUUUCUUGAAAGUUUUUAAAGUCGAUAGAGUUACGAAUAUCUUAGCAAGAACUCGAUCCUAACAGCCGCGGUCCUCCGUUAUCGUGUAAAAUACCCGGACACGUGGAGCAUUCGAGACACCACAGCAAAACACGGAAGAGGCGUGCGGCUCUUUUCGUCCCAAUGUUAAGUAUACUUCGAGUCACGGCGACUGGAGAAGAACGAUUAAACGAAAACUAAUGAUCCAGCGAAGUGCGAUGAAUUUAUUAAAUACAUGUGCGGUGUGGUUCUCGUUGGUGUCUUUGGUACGCUCUUCUAGUUUAGUUGAACCGCCAAAAUCAGCUGUCGUAGUAGCAUUCGAAAAUGAAUACGAACUCUCUUUACUGGCGAACACUUUGUCGGACAAUGGAAUAUCGACGAUUCUGAUAAUAUCAAGUUCACCUUCGGUAAUUUUGUACGACACAUUGGUAAACGUUGAAAUUAUCAAGCUGGACUUUGACGACGAACGAUCGCAAACGAGGGAAGCCCGGGCUUUGAAUGCCUGCGAAGCUUUACUUCGAAAUGAAAUCGUCGGUAAAAAAAUCGAAGAAUUUUCGCCAACCCACGUGAUAUCGCCGGCUCUGAGACACGACGCCUGCGUUCUUCCGUGGGCUAAACAAUUCAAAUUGAUACCCGUGGUUUGGACACAAGGCUCGGAAGCGGAAACCUACACGUUUUAUCACUCAGGGAUCGCACUGCCGAUUUUCCGCGGUGGAUUUUGGUCUCGUUUAUCUCAUCUGUUAGAAAUAAGGUCAACCCGAAUUAAUUUCGACAACAAUUACGUUACUCCAGCUUUGGAAUUGGUGGGAAAAUAUUUACCGGAUAUUAUCAACACUCUAGAUAAUUUCUACGCCGAUGUUGAUUUAGUAUUUUGGGGUUCGGAUCCGAUCUUAAGAUCCGAAAUUUCGCCGCUUUCGCAGUUACUCGUCGAGAUCGGGUGUCACCAUUGUCGAGGCGCUCAUCCGGUCCCAGCCGAUUUGCAGAAGGAAUUGGUAGAAUUUCGAUUGGGUACGAUAGCUGUUUUGUUGGAUGAGGAAUACAAGAAUUUGAUAGAAGAAAUCGCGAGGGGUCUACCUCAGGGUCGGCAGGGCCAGGCCGUUGCUUGGAAAAAUAAAAAAAUGAAUUAUUCGAGCGAUCAAAAGCCGGAUAAUCUAUUUUUUCACAAUGAAGUUAUUCGUCAGGACGUGAUCGGAUAUCCACGGACGCGCGUUCUUUUGAGCCAUUGCGAGGACACGGAGUUAUUGGAGGCAGCUUUUCACGGAACUCCGGUGAUAUGUUUCCCAAGAAACCGGGAUGAAAUAAAAAAUUCGCAACGAGCUUUGAGUCUCGGAUUUUCUUUGGAAACUAACAACGACUACACGGCGUCAAAUUUGUUGUCACUGAUCAAAACGAUCCACGAAACGGCUGGUUACAGAGAAAACGCGAGAAAAAUAUCUGUAGCUAUUAGAGACCGUCCGAAUCCUGCAGCGGACAGGAUAACUUACUGGCUGGGAUACGUGGCAAGAAAUAAAAACGAUAAGAAAUUCUUAGCAGCUAAUGAAAAUCGAAGAAUAACUUACAGGAAUAUAUUCAACGUAGAUAUAUGGCUGACGAUUGGUUUCAUAUUCGGUGUGAUAUCAGGGGCAGUUUUACCAUCGGCCUAUAUUUUAGCCGGUAGAAUUUUGGCAGCGAACGAGCACUUCGGUGGCCGUGGCAAGCCCAAACGUAAAUAUAAAACGUAAAAUAAUUAUAUUAAGGUAGCUAACAGCCAAACUUAUUCGACGGUGAUUAUCGAGUUUCUAUUUUUCGUCCGAAGAUCAAGCCGGAUCGAUCGAUCCGAAAUUUGUUUCACACGUGUUUAUAUAGUGAAAUUUGUUCAUUUUUCUUUGAAUCAUCGCACAUUCUUCGAUAUUAUAUUGUUUAUAAAUACACGUAGAAUACAAGUCAUACAUACACAUACAAAUAUUGAGAAUUAAAUCCUAGUUAUUAAUUAUAAAUAUGAUUAGGAGUAAAUAGAUAAACUUCAAUAAAGAACGUAAAAUAUAAUCAAUUAUCGAAGAAAAUAAAUUACAUUCUAUCAAUA